GCGUUAUACCCCAAACCCCAAGACCCGUGUCCUAGCCUGCUUUCUAUAGGCCUUGUAUUGUGGUAGUGUUCACUAACUUCCCAGGUCCGCCCACAAGACUUGAUGAAGGUCUGGAGCCCCCUCUCCUCCUCCCUCUCCUCCUCUCCUCCUCGGUUCCUGCUCCGGUUCCUUCUUGCCCCUCCAACAUGGAGGCCUUAGGGGGCUACCCUACCAAGUCCUCCAGCCCGAAAGCCAAGAAGUUGACGGUGCUGUUGAGCAUGACGGUGGGUGUCGGCUGUCUGUUCCUCCUGCAGACUCAACUGAAGCCCAGAAAACCAACCGACUUCUACUCGUUCGAGGUGAAAGACGCGAAGGGGAGGUCAGUUCCUCUGGAGAAAUACCGAGGAAAAGCGUCUUUGGUUGUAAACGUGGCGAGUCACAGCGAGCAGACGGAGGAGAACUACAUGUCUCUGCAGGAUCUCCACAGGGAGCUGGGCACGUCUCACUUCAACGUCCUGGCUUUCCCCUGUGGACAGUACGGGGACACUGAGACCUGGGCCAGCAGGGACAUCGAGGCUUUCGCCAAAUCUACCUAUGGUGUCACUUUCCCCUUCUUCAGCAGGAUCAAAAUAAUGGGCUCUGAGGCGGACCCUGCCUUCAAGUUCCUCACAGACUCUGUGCAGAAAGUUCCCAAGUGGAACUUCUGGAAGUUUCUGGUGAACCCAGAGGGGAAAGUGGUCCGGUUCUGGCGAACGGACGAGCCGAUGGAGAGCAUUCGACAAGAGGUCACGGCGAUGGUGCGAGAGAUCAUCCUGAAGAAGCGGGUGGAGCUAUGAUGGCGACAAAUGCUGGACACACCUGUGUGUGUGUGUGUUGUGUUGUGUCGGUGUUUCCUGCGCUUUGACAGCGAGGAAAUGACUGAACUGCUACAGUGAGUGUGGGUGGCUGAGGUCUCGCUCCAGAAACAUGCAGUAUGAAAAGAUCCACUUCAAGUCAUUCGAGGCUGGUCGGAGUGUGUGUGUGUGUGUCUGUGUGUGUCUGUGUGUGUGUGUGGGACCAUCCUGUGGUUAAUAAUGACAAUCAGAAUGAACAUUCCUUAUAAUGACCACUGCUGCCAUUAGCUGAAGGAUUGUUUAGCCAUUGAAGUGUGUUCAGUUUGGCUUCGUCUGUUCUUUGUACCAUCUCUCUCUAAUGUUUACAUUAAAAUCAAUUCCUUAUGGUGAAGCAUAACGUUUUAGCCCAUUUUGACUGAUUUGAGCCCAGCAACUUGUGAAACAUCCAUCCAGCAAUAAAAUAAUGUCAGAAUAA